AUGAAAAAAGAAAUGAGGAGAUGGGAUGCUCGUUGCAUGCUUCUCCUCGUUUGCUGGACUGUGGCAUUCUCUGAAAUGAAUCUCUCCGAAGAGAGUGCCAAGCAAUACAGCCAGAUUAAGCAUGUUGCAGAGUGGGGAAAAGAAGAGUGGACGUCGUAUGUUGAAAGAAGUGAGAACCCCACUUGUUGGGAAGAGGUCCUAAACAAUGUGGAAACGUUGUGCUCCGAAAUGAAUAAGGAACAAAAGAUGCGCUUUGUCUGGGAUGUGAUGAAUUGCUAUUUGCAAGAUACGAAGAGCAAGAAGUAUAUUUGCAAAACGGCAAUCAGAACCUGUACGUCCGCUCUCCCAGACCCGAUUCUUCAGAUCUACAUACAGUUUUUAAAUCACGCGGAUGUGAUUUGCUUUAUUCACGAGUCGAAACUCUGGCAACAAAAGAUGGAGCGCUCAACAAGCAAGCUCGUAGAGAAUACGGAGGCCAUGGGAUCCAAGAUUGAUUCUUCCCUCUCGAAUCAGCAGACGCUUCUUUCGGGUCAGAACUCCCUAGCCCAGCAGCAGGAAGCGUCUCAGAAACUCGGCACGGAGCUGCUGAGCAAGGUUUCGGCCACCAAAUCGGAUCUCGAAUCGUUCUUCGUUUGCCGCGCUUUUGAUUCGUUUGACCUGCAGACCGAAGUGCUCCAGUCCUUCUCGCGCAUGCGCAACGACACGCUUUCCGCCUUUGGGAACAUCGACCGUGUCUUCGAAUUUCUGCAAUUCCAAUUUUCGGGCCUUGAUUCGUUCCAAUCGAUUCUUUCCUCGCUGCUCAACACCGCGUCGUUUUGGAUGCAGACCUUUCUGUGGGCUCUGCUGAUUUACCUCCUCACGGCCAUUCUGGGAUUGUCGUCGAUUCGAUUUACACUGUACCUGUCGUUAAUUUUGGGCACACUGCUUCGGUCGUGUGUUCGAAAGUGGCUGAAGAAUUAUCUGAGCGCGAAUAGCUUGUCGUUCGUGGAGAACAUGGUAAUGAGCGCGUGUGUGUUGGUGUGCGGGUUUUUCUCGCUGCGAAGACCUGCAAGGCGGAAAUAUUCGAGAAGAGAGAUCGAUGACUACGAUUAUUAUGAAGAAGAAGCCAAUUGUCGAUAUCCAUGUUCUACUUCUUCUACUUAUUAUUACGAUUCUCCGGGUGUAAUGAAACCUGCACAGAAUGAAGAUUAUGGGAGUCUGUUAUUCAUUGUUUGUUAUCUACAAAGUUUCUCACUUUUGGUUGCGCUAUCGCUAUUGUUGGGCAUUUUUUAUUUCUCGCAGCUGUUUGUCUUUUUCCCGCAGAUCGACUCGCAGGUCAAGUUUGCCACGGAUAAGAAGAUUUACGUUACUGUGGAUAAAAAUAUUGAGACGAUCAAGGGAGUUCCUGAACAGAUUCUCAGUUUUAACACCCUAGGCAAUUGUCGGUUUCCUUUUUAUGUGAAUGUAAUAUUCAAACGAAUGCUGUCUAUGGACGAUGGGUUGAAUUCGUACGAGCGUAGUUUGGUCACGAAGGAGGGUCCUCCAGAAGAAACGAAAUAUGUCAUCAUCUACCCGAUGAACUCUGGCCUGGGAAACAACCUCGGCAUUCUCGCCGAAGGCAUUUUGAUCUCGAUGCUGACUCACCGUCAGCUGUUAAUCUACCGCUGGCCGUCCUUCCAUCUGUACUUCAGUCUCCCCUACGAGAACUUCACACUUCCCAUUUCAGACAAACCCCUGCAAGACACGCUGAACACGGGCGUGCACUGCCGCGUGAAGCCCGCGGACUUCCUGAAGACGACGAAGACGCGCAUCGUUCUGCGCUCUCUGUGCAAAUUCAUCGACUUUGUGGUGAAGGAUCCGGAGUUCUUCGAGUGGUUCAACGACCGCGGGUUCGUGCUGAACCCGAAGCUGCGCAGCGGAAGCGAUAUCCGCAAGAUGCUGCUGAACUUCGUGUAUACGAAGGUGGUGCAGGUGCACGAGGACAUCACGAAGGCGGUGCAGGACAAGAAGAGAGAGCUGGAGUGGGACAAAUAUUACUGGAUCGGCGUCCAGAUUCGAACGGGGAAGAUGGUCGGCGAUGAAGGAAGAAAUGUGUUCAUGUUUAAGGAUGAUUUGAAAAUGUUCACCAUGCAUGCGCUGAAUCAGACGGAGAAGGCCAAACUGGCCCAGGAAAAGCCGGUGAAGUGGCUCGUUACCACCGACUCGGAGGAUGUCCGAAAAUUGAUUCAGCAGGAGUAUCCGCAGUAUUAUGUAAACACGAACUGCCUGUUGGCGCAUUCGUUUAGAGAUGUGCAGAGGCAAGAGAGAACGGACGGCAUGAUGUGCUCGUUGCUGGAGAAUUAUCUGCUGUCGGAGGUGAGCGAAGCGGUCGUGACUGCGCAAUCCACAUACGGACUUUUGGCUGCCUAUCGAAAUCUCUACAUAAAGAAGAUUAUGGUCUAUCGAGGCGAUUGGAAGAAGUAUCAAAAGAAGUAA